AUGGAGAACACUUCAUCACUGGAAAGGUUCAAGGAUGCGUUUUCCGAAGAGCAAGUCAUCCAGAUUCCGGAGGAGCUGGAACGCUUGGAGCGACACAAGGAGGAUUUUUUUGCAGCAAUGGCGAAAUUUGAAGAGCUCGAUGACAGCACCGACGCCAUUGAUGUUUCGAUUACGAACCGCAUUGAAUUCGAAGAGCGAUACCGCUCAUUAAAAUCAUUCUUGCGGGAAAGGCAACGGAAGGAUUCCAGUCAUGAUUUGUCAGGGAUGGCAAACUCAACCUUGUUCGCGUAUGGACGGUCAAAUGCAUCGAAUUUACGGUUGCCAAAAAUCGAGUUGCCAACAUUCGACGGCGAUUGCAAAAAAUGGUUGUCGUUCCGGGACCGAUUUGUAGCAAUGAUUGAUGCGUCAACGGAGCUACCAUCGAUCGCGAAGCUGCAGUAUUUGCUUUCAUCACUAUCUGGAGAGGCUGCAGUGCCGUUUGAGCAUGUUUCACUGACCACCGAAAACUAUGCGAUCACUUGGGCAACUCUACUUAGGCGCUACGAUAACCGACGCAUGCUCAUUCGCGAAUAUUACCAAAAAUUACAUCAUCUACCGGCAGUACAAUCUGAGUGUGCGAACGAUUUGGUAAAGUUAGUGGACGGAUUUUCGCGACUUGUGCAUGGGUUGCAGAAAUUAAACGUACCGGUCGACUCAUGGAACACACCACUAUCCAAUCUGCUGCUGUUGAAAUUGGAUGACGCAACAAUCCAAGAAUGGGAGAAGCAUUCCGUGCACUUCGCAAAGGAUGUUUACAGCGACUUGGUUAGAUUCAUCGAGGAUCGGAUCCAGAUUCUCAAGGCUACCACCAGAUUCAACGAAGAGGGUAGCAGGGUUUCAUCGAAAGCGGGGAGCCCGAUCAAGGUGGCCGGCGGGCGUAAUUCUGCAUCACGAAGGACGCUAGCCAAUGCUGCAAUGGCGAAGACAGACACAGACACACCACGGGCGGUACAGCAACCACAGUGUGCAUUGAGGUGUUUGGAUUCCCAUUUGUUGCGCACUUGUUCAGUCUUCAAGAGCAAGGACGUGCAGGAUCGUCGGAAGGUCGUGUCGGCCAAUGGUUUAUGCUGGAACUGUCUGAGUCCGUCCCAUCAGGUGAAGCAAUGCAGAUCGGAGUAUUCGUGUCGGUUAUGUCGUGAGCGUCAUCACACAUUGUUACACUUCACCACGGGCUCCGCAAGAGUUACCAUGUCAGUACAGUCCGACGACGAUAUGGUCUUCUUAGAGACGGUCUGGCUGACACUCAUCGAUGACUAUGAACCAAACACGAAGCGAGAGCGUUACUAG